UACUGCUAUACCGGCGUCCAGGACGCGCGCGCGCUUUUGCGACCGGUUUCGGCGCAGCAUUUUAAUUUCCCGUUGCUUUCCUCUGUUCUUUGAUUGCUUCUUAGCUGCGAACAAGCGCCAACCACUUCCUGGCUUCCAUUUAUAAGGUGCUCCUACAAGGCUACUUACAGCGAGCCCGCGGUUUCCGGCAUCAAUCCGUCUGCUUGCGCAGCACGUGAGCUCACAUAGCGUAAAAGAAGCACACAGCGUAAAAAAAAAAAGAAAUGGCCAGCAGCGCCGACCUCGAAGUCCAGUGCCUCGCCGACGCCGCGGCGUACAUUGAACGCCACGGCUGGCCGCGCUCGCGCCUGGAGGGCUGGCGGUGCGCGCCGGUGCCGCGCGUCUCGAACCCGGCGCACUGGGAUCCGUACGCGACGGUGUCCCCGCCGUCACGCCAUCGCCGCGACUCACGCACCACACAGGUAUUGGAUCAGCCCGCACGACGAGGUCGCGAGAAGCCCCAAGUACGUGCUCGCGCUGGUCGCGGACUUUGUGCAGUGCAAGGCUUGUGCGGCGCUGCGGCGGCUGCCUGGGCCAUUGUCGGGUAAAGCGGCGCCGCACUCCCUCGCGGACGACUGGAGUUGUUCACAGAAUACCUGGGACCCGGCCGUCGCCUAUUGUAACGCCCUGUGUGGAAAUCAACCAGUGUCGGUCGCGUCGAUGGCGUGGAGGUCGACGCGGCGAUUCAGGACGAACGCGCCGUAAAAUUUUGAUUUCCACACAGGUAACGCCGCUGAGGAGGACAAGGGCGCGGAGAUCAAGCCCAUGAACGCCCGGAUAAGGGCGGUUUUGGCGGGCCUGCCCCGCGAUCCGCCGCCGAUUCCGCCCGCGGCGCCGAAGAAAGUGUCGCGCUUCGCGGGGAAGAAGUCGAAGAAGGGCGGCGCCGCGCCGGAGACGCCGCAGAAGCCGGCGAAGAAGCGGGCGCCCGCGACGCCCAAGCCCAAGGCGCCCGCGGAUCCCUGCUCCAUUUGCCUCGCGCCCAUCAAGGUACGCGACGUCACGGUGUUGUCCUGCUCCCACGCCUUCCACGCGUCGUGUCUGGCGACGCUCGAGCGCCACGGCAAGGGCGUCGGCACGACGCGCCGCUCCGUCGUCGUGACGUGCCCGCUGUGCCGCAAGCGCGCGCGGGGCUCCCGCGGCGACACGCCGUUAGUUAAGUGAAUCUGUGUUACGUACAGGACGGCAGGGGCGGGGCGUAUCAG